AUGUUUUUCAUGUUGCUGGUGCCCUUGCAGUCGUCAGGUCUGCCGCCCAAGGUUGUCUCUACGGCCAGGAGCGAGUGGGAGCAGACGAUGCAGGUGGUCAUCACCCUUUUUCUCGACAAGCGAAGCGGGCGUUUUCAGGACAAGGAGUACAAGCUGCGGCUGGUUCAGGCGGAGGAAGGCUGCACUAUCAUCAUGGCCCCGGCGUUGGCUACCUUUACCCUUGACGCCAGUCUAUACGCGCACCUGGGAGCGGGGUGA